AUGUUAUGGAGAAAAUAUUUAGCCCUCUGUCUCAGUUACUUAUUUCAAAUAUACGACAAUUCUGUGACAGUUGAAUUGUCAUUCAUAGCUGCUGGGGUUAACAGACCUCCAACUAGAUAUCAUUUCUCUUCUGCUUACUUGAAUCUUACAAGUGGAACAGUACUUUUUGUACCUUCUUUUGUUACCUUCAAAAGCCAAAAACUACUUUCUUCCCUUGAACCUCACUCAAAUGAGACUUCAAAAUGGUUGAAAUUGGUUUCAGUGAAGAAAACAAGUCGGAAGCAGAUUCCAGACGUAGUAUAAAUAUUUCUGGAUUGAGUGCAAAGCUUCCAUGUGAAACUUCUGAAGGACGCAACACAUUAAUGUGCUUCCUCCGCGAAUUGUGUGGUACUGU